AUGGGUGUCCUCUCCUUCCUCAAGCAGGUCUACACCCUGGACACCCUCGACACGCGAUUCAUCUCGUCCUCGUCGGUGCCGUACAAGACGGCCAUUGAGGCGCGCAAUGAUCCCGCCGCGGCGCAGCGAGAUACCGCCCCUAAGCCGCAGAGCCGCGUGCAGCCCCCCAAGUGGAACACGCCCGAGUUUUACUUUUACUAUGUCGUGGUCGUCGUCGCGGUGCCUUACAUGUUCUGGAUCGCCUAUGACGUCUCGAGGCCGUCCGAUCCCAGAUACCACAAGUUCGAGCGGUUCCUGUCCGACGGCUGGGUGCCCGGCCGAAAAAUCGACGUCUCCGAUGCGCAGUACCAUCUGUUCCGCGGCACGCUGCCGUACAUGGCCGCGCUGCUGACCCUACAUCCAUUCCUGCGGCAGGCCUGGAACACCCUCCGGCCCGUCGACGCUAAGCGACCGAUCGGCGCCGCCCGGCUCGAGCAGCGCGCCUCGUUUGACUACGUCUUUGCCUUUGUGUUCCUCGUUGCGCUGCACGGCGUGUCUGCGCUCAAGGUCUUUGGUAUCUUGUACGUCAACUACAAGCUGGCGACCAGGCUCCCGCGGCCUUACGUUCCCGCCGCGACGUGGAUCUUCAACAUCUGCACGCUCUUCGCCAACGAGAUCUUCGACGGCUACCCGCUGCGCAGGGCAGCGGCCCUGCUCUCGCCGCCGCAGCUGGCGGGCGCCGGCCUCCAGGCGGUGGACUCGCCGCUGAUGGAAUGGGGCGGGUGGCUGGACAGCUUCGGCGGCGUCGUCGCGCGGUGGGAGGUUCUCUUCAACAUCACCGUGCUACGCCUGAUUAGCUUCAACCUGGACUACUACUGGAGCCGUGAUAAGAACCAAGCCGGCAUUUUCGAGAAGAAGCAGCUCGACCCCGCAAACUUGUCUGAAAGGGACAGAAUAUCGAUCCCGGCCGACGUGAACGACCACUCCUUCCGAAACUACGUGGCUUAUGCCAUCUACGCUCCGCUCUACCUUACCGGCCCGAUCAUGACGUUCAACGAUUACAUUUCACAAGCCAAAUACCGCCCGUCCAGCAUCGAGAAGCCGCGAACGAUCCGCUACGGAGUGCGCUUCCUGCUCGUCCUCCUGGCUAUGGAGCUCAUCCUGCACUACGACUACGUCGGGGCCAUCAGCAAGGCCAGCCCUGUCUGGAGCGAUUACACAGCCGCACAGCUUAGUCUGCUGUCGUUCUUCAACCUCCACCUCAUCUGGCUCAAGCUCCUGCUGCCGUGGCGGCUCGCGCGCCUCUGGGCGCUCGUCGACGGCAUCGACCCGCCCGAGAACAUGACGCGCUGCGUCAGCAACAACUACAGCACGCAACAGUUCUGGCGCGCCUGGCACCGCUCGUACAGCCGGUGGCUCGUCCGCUACCUCUUCGUACCGCUCGGCGGGUCCUCCUUUCGCAACUGGCGGUCCGUCGCGAGGUCCAUCGUCACGUACGUCUGCGUCUUCACCUUUGUCGCGCUGUGGCACGAUAUCCAGCUGCGGUUGCUCAUCUGGGGCUGGCUCAUCGUGCUGUUCAUGCUGCCCGAGUUCGCGGCCGCGGCGCUGUUCCCCAAGAGGAAGUGGGAGGCCCACCCGACGGAGUACCGCAUGCUCUGCUGUUUCGGUGCGGUUUUUAAUGUGUUGAUGAUGAUUACGGCCAACCUGGUUGGUUUUGCGGUGGGCCUGGAUGGGCUGGAAAGCAUCAUCAAAAGCAUCUUGCACGACUGGUCUGGCCUUCUUUUCUUGGUGACGGCAUGUUCUGCCCUCUUUGUUGGAAUCCAAGUCAUGUUUGAGAUUCGUGAAUCCGAGAAGCGGCAAGGAGUCACAUUGAAAUGUUGA